GACACACUCAGACACAGCCAUGGUGAAGAUCAGCUUCCAGUCCGUCUCGGGACAGAAAGAAGAGAAGGAAGAUGGCGACAAGACCGAAAUCCUGCUCCCUCAUCAGCUGGAUGAAGAAGAGCUGGUCCUGCCGCUGCGUCCCAGGAAGUCUCUCCUCAACGGCCUGUGCUGCCUGACAUUUGGCCUGGUUGUGUUCAUGGCCGGUCUGGUCCUCGCCUCUAUUUAUGUCUACCGCUACUACUUCAUACCUCAUAUUCCUGAGGAGAACCUGUUCCACUGCCGGGUGCUGUAUGAAGACUCAGUGUACGCACCGCUGCGUGGGCGUCAGGAGCUGGAGGAGAAUGUUGGCAUCUACUUGGCCGACAACUAUGAGAAAAUCACUGUGCCCGUGCCUCACUUUGGAGGCGGUGACCCUGCUGGAAUAAUCCACGACUUCAACAGAGGACUGACUGCCUACCAUGACAUUGCUCUGGACAAGUGCUACGUUAUUGAGCUCAACACCACCAUCGUGAUGCCUCCACGCAACCUCUGGGAGCUUCUUAUUAACGUCAAGAAGGGAACAUACUUGCCUCAGACCUACAUCAUCCAUGAAGACAUGGUGGUGACUGGUAAAGUGCAUAACAUGCGUCAGCUGGGACCUUUCAUCUACCGCCUGUGCAACGGGAAGGAGACGUACCGCCUGAACCGUCGCGUCAAGCGUAGACGCAUCAGCAAGCGCGAUGUGAAAGACUGCCACCACAUCCGUCACUUUGAGAACACAUUUGUGGUGGAGACUGUAAUCUGCGAUGAAGCCUAA